AAGAGCAGCUUUCUACCUGCUCUAGGAGGAUGCAAAAGCAUGACCUCUGUCGGGACAGUGCUGAUUGACCCUGUGCUGAUUACAUGCACUCUCUCAAGGAAAAAAAAAAGACCUCUCUAGCAAUACACACCAAACUGAGCAUGUUCAAAAUGCAUACAGUUCAGUCUGUCUUAUCAGGAGAAGGGGAGGCACAUAGCAAUCUGAAACAAACUGCAUUUUUUUACACAAUGCAGAGGAUUACCCCUUAGGUUCCACAGUGAUUAUAACAAGCAUGCUUUACUGCAAAUACAGACUGAUUUUUACUGUUGUGGGUUUAGUAACACUCU